UUUUGACAUUUAGUAACACUAACAACUUGACUGGUUUGUGCUGGCUGAAUAGUUUUCUUGAAAAAAACAUUUCUGUUUUAUAAAACCAAGUGCUCGGAUCUAAAAAUAAUGGUGAUAUACGGCAUAUACAUAGUCAGCAAAUCUGGUGGACUCAUCUACAACUACGACCAUGUCAUUCCCCGCGUAGAAACUGAAAAAACAUUCGGGUUCCCUUUAGACCUGAAGUUACAAUAUGAAAAUAAAAAAGUUGUAGUUUCUUUUGGACAGAGGGAUGGAAUUAACGUUGGUCAUGUCCUACUUUCUGUCAAUGGUUCACCUGUAAAUGGGCGGACUACUGAAGAUGGUAGAGAUGUUUUUGAUGUCAUAGAAAAUAAGGAAAACUACCCCCUGAGUUUGAAAUUUGGUCGAGCUCGCGCCACAACAAAUGAAAAGAUUGUCCUGGCCAGCAUGUUCUACCCAUUAUUUGCACUGGCCAGCCAGCUAAGCCCUGUGCCCAAGUCUUCUGGGAUAGAGUCCCUCACUGCAGACACAUUCAAGUUGUCAUGUUUUCAGACACUUACUGGUGUGAAAUUUAUAGUGGUAACAGAUCCCAACAUGCAAGGUUCAGAGGUGGUACUCAAGAGGAUAUACGAAUUGUACUCAGACUAUGCACUGAAGAAUCCAUUUUAUUCCCUAGAGAUGCCCAUAAGGUGUGAGCUGUUUGACACAUCCCUACACACAUUGUUGGAGCUGGUGGAAAAAUCUGGAACUGCUAAUUUAUAGUUGUCUAUAUAAAACUCUUAAAUAUUCCAUUCAUAGUCUAAUUUGUAAUGUACAUAUAAUGUAAGGCUGAUAAGUUAUUUACUCAAUAAAGUGUUAUAAGAUAA